UCGUGCGUCAUGGCAGCAGCGCGCUGAAAGCGGCGGUGCGCUUCUUUGCCGUUCAACAUUUUACGCACGAGUUUCAGUCUUCAAGAUCUAAGACAAGAUUUAUUAAGUUACAUGGACGAAAAAUUCAACAUUUAGAGGACACAACCCUUUUGACAAUUUACCCACAAAACAAACAAGCACUUGUUACAAAAAUGCUCGGCAGUGAUGGAGACAGCAGUCCUUUCUCGUCUGCCAAAGACGCAGCUGAUGAGAAGCGCAAGUCUCCGGCCUUGGAGCGAGAAGAGUCGUCCAGCCGCGACAGGUUUGGGGACCAUGGCGUAGACCGCUACUACAUCCCACCCUCAGUCUCCAAACAGAGCACAGAGACGGCCAAUCCGUGCUCGUUCCUCCCUUAUACCCCGAGCAGCACCGUUUACAGCUCUUCAAGUGCACCCCGAUACCCCUCAUCUUUGCAUCUGAGCUCCGUGCUGCCUCCAGCGGGAUUCUCCCCCUCCUCCUCUGGCCGAGGCCACUUCAGUCCGGCCUACCAACUGGGCCAGAGUCCUGGCUGCCUGUACCCGUCUUACGCCAGCAACAUGGCCCUACCUACGAACACGGCACACACGCGCGCGCAAGUGUACUUGUGCAAUCGGCCGCUGUGGCUCAAGUUCCACCGACACCACACGGAGAUGAUCAUCACCAAACAGGGCAGGCGUAUGUUUCCUUUUUUAAGUUUUAACAUAGCUGGGCUAAACUUAACUGCGCAUUACAACGUGUUUGUGGAGGUUGUUCUCGCGGAUCCCAACCACUGGCGAUUUCAAGGGGGCAAGUGGGUCACGUGCGGCAAAGCGGACAACAGCAGUCAAGGAAAUAAAAUAUAUAUCCAUCCUGAAUCACCAAACACUGGAGCCCACUGGAUGAGACAAGAGAUCUCCUUCAGUAAACUCAAACUGACCAACAAUAAAGGCACCAAUCACAGCACCUCUCAGAUGAUUGUGUUGCAAUCACUGCACAAAUACCAGCCUCGGCUGCACAUCGUCGAGGUCUCUGAGGAUGGAGUCGAGGACAUCAGCAAUGAACACAAGACCCAGACUUUUACCUUCCCAGAGACACAGUUUAUCGCUGUUACUGCCUACCAAAACACUGAUAUCACACAAUUAAAAAUAGAUCAUAAUCCCUUUGCCAAAGGAUUCAGAGACAAUUAUGAUUCAAUGUACACUGCUCCGGAGAGCGACCGGCUCACUCCGUCCCCCACAGAAUCGUCUCGUGCUCACCAGAUUGUACCUGGGGCACGCUAUGCCAUGCAGCCUCUGUUCCAGGACCAGUUGGUACACAACCUUCCUCAAAGUCGCUAUUACAAUAGUGAGAGAGCUGUGCCACAGACCAACAGCCUCCUGUCCCCCCAGACAGACGAGGGAGUGUCACAGCGGUGGUUUGUCACUUCAAUGCAGCAAGGAGGAAACAACAGCAGUAGCAGUGGCAACAACAAGCUGGACCUGAGCCCAUAUGAAGGGGAGUACAGCUCUUUGCUGCCCUAUGGCAUCAAGUCCCUGUCCAUGCAAACAUCCCACGCCCUCAGCUAUUACAGUGACUCGCCCUUCUCCACCAUGACUCAGGGCUGGGGGUCUAGAGUGGCCUAUCAGAGGAAGGUGUCCCCAAGCCUGCCCUGGUCCCCUAGGCCAUGUCCCACAUCAAUUUUUCCUGAAGACUCAGACAAAACAAAGUCACUGGAUGAGGAGGUGAAUGGGAGUGUGAUGCCCUGGACUGAUUCACCAGUGUCCACCUCUUUAGAUAAAACAGAUUCAUAUACACCAGUGUGCAAGAGAAGACGCCUGUCUCUCAGCACUCCCAGUGCAGAGGACACACCGGUUGACAUUAAAUGUGAGGAUUUGGUCUCCACGGUCAACAACAGCUCCUACGGCAAAGAAACACCCUCUUCCAAAAACAUGGCAGCCUACUAUUCAUUUUACACAAACCAAUAGACUGGAUUACCAAGACCUUACAUGAACCCCAGUAUUUCCCAUUAAUAGGCUAUUCAUCAAGAAAAUAUGGUGGCCCACCAUGGUCAAUAUUUAUUGUGUCAAAAAUGAAACCAUAAGCAGUGGUUUAACGUUUUGCUUCUUGUAUUGGCAAACUAUAAUGUUAAAAGGACUGUUUAAACGUUCAGUUCAAUAUAAUAAUACUUUUUUACCUCCGCAAUUAAAACUAAAAGGAUUCAAAUCAUUCAAAUAAUCAGUACCAAUGCUGAUAACACUGAACUCUAUUUUGCCUUUUUGACAUGCAAGCUCAGCAGGUGUUUUGUUGUUGUGACACAUUAUAUUCGUAUUUAGCGGUGCUAAGAUGACAAAAUAAACUACAUAUACAUUUUUCAGUCAAUGCCUAUGUCUAACAAUCAAGGUAGCUGUAAUCGUUUGUAUAGUUUAGUGUGUUUGACCUAAGCCUACAUCUGUAUCUGUUUCUCUUUUUUGCCCAAUGUGUUUGCUUUGCAC